CCCUGGACGAAUUCCCAACUUAUGCAACUCCGGUAUAAAACACGCAGAGACAGUGAGUCGCGUCCAGCACCCACAGGGAGAGCCUCCCGGAAUCAGACAGACGAGUGCGCCAGAUCGCUCCCAGUCCUCUCACUCAUUCAGGCAGAGAGUUUCAGCAGAGAUAUGGACUUCAUUCUGCCAUCCACGAUGUCAGCCGGCGGUAUCCCGUGGGAGAAGGUUUUACCACCUCUGAUUCCUCGUUUGAAUGGGAUUUACGGUCAUAGCAGUUUGUCUCCCACAUCCCUCAUUCCUGAGGCUGAUAUUUCCAGUUCUCCAGAGGUGCAUUGUGAUGACAGCGCAUUCACAGUUCAAGUUGAUGUAAAGCAUUUUAAGCCAGAGGACCUACUGGUCAAAGUGGUAGGAGACUUUGUGGAGGUGCAAGGGAAACAUGAAGAAAAGAAGGAUAGCCCUGGCUUUACCACACGGCAGUUUAACCGCCGUUACCGAAUCCCAAAGGGAGUGGACACCAUGGCUCUGCAGUCGGCCGUCUCCCCUGACGGCAUCCUCAUCAUAUCUGCACCCGUGCUGCAAACUGAGAAGACCAAACCCCUGACUUAACCGCAAGAUCAAAUACCGAAGUCUCCGAUCUCCUCACUAUAAGAAAAUAGGUGAACAGAAGCCUUAACUUCAGACUCCACCACUGCCAUCAACACACUGCAUGUGCCAAAACACACAUUUCUUGUCCUGUUCCUGGCACUGCUCUAAUAUUCCCUGCGCUAUGUGGUUUGUAAAUACUACUCUGCUGUUACUCAUCAACAUUGCAUAUCAUUUCAAGGAAAACCCCUUUGUAAAUAUGUUAAGAGUUUAAAUCUGCUUUUAUUUUAUUUUUUCAACUUUACCUUUUGUAAAUGCACUGUUAUUGUGAGUAAUGUACCAACACAUAUCUUCAACUUCUUUAAUGUGGAAAUAUUCCUUUAAAAAUUAAAAGUACACUUAAUUUCUUUAUAAAAUAAUUAAAAAAAGAUACUACAUCAAUUGCCUCGUGUCAAUUUUCAAGUAACUUGUUGCUCCUCCAGGAAUUCAUUCAGCAUAGAGUCCACUUCACUGAGAAGAAAAAUAAAGAGGAUUAUUUUUGUUGUUUUUGCUUUCAAGUGAAUCUGCAAACAUCAAAUAGAUUAAAAGACUGA